CUUAUUCUGGCGCCCACUCGAGAGCUCGCACAACAGAUCCAGAAAGUGGUGUUAGCCUUAGGCGACUACAUGAACGCCCAGUGCCACGCCUGCAUUGGCGGCACUAAUGUGCGCGAAGACAUCCGUAAGCUCGAGAUGGGCGUCCAUAUAGUGGUCGGCACUCCCGGACGCGUCUACGAUAUGAUCACGAGAAGGGCUUUACGUCCGGAUCACAUAAAGAUCUUUGUGUUGGAUGAGGCGGACGAGAUGUUGUCCCGUGGUUUCAAGGAUCAGAUCUAUGAUGUCUUCAAAACAUUGAAUCAGACAAUUCAGGUGAUCCUAUUGUCUGCGACAAUGCCGGCGGAAGUGCUGGAAGUGACCAAAAGGUUUAUGAGAGAACCCAUUCGUAUUCUCGUGAAGAAGGAA